CAUCCCUCCCAGAACGGGAUUCUGUGCACAACUGCGGAAAUCUGUGCUACGAGAACCCACCGUGUAAGUAGUCAUUGACGCACAUGCCGAUUGGAUGCUUCCUCUGUCAGUAACCGUGCACCAGAACACGUGAGAGGUGCCUGAAAGCAAACUACCGCUCGUUAGAAAUUAUUGCAGUCACUAAGGUGAAUGGAAACUGUAUUCUGUGAUAAUGACGUAAAGAGAUAGCAUGCCUCUAUUAUGAAACGAGCUAUUUUUAAUUAGGACUUGGAAAGUAAGCUAGGUUAUAGAAACUGCUAAAUUCUAUUAAGACUAGUUAAGUUGAUACGGGAAUAUCGUUUGUGUCGUUUUCCAGCUGGUUGGAUGUUGCAUUAGGCUUAGUAGUUUGAUUUGUAAUGUGUUUUUGUUUUGUUUUUUUAGUAACACAGUAGUGAUUGUACCAUUAGCAUGUUAUAAAUUUACACUACGUAGGCCCGUUUGGAAAUUAGUAAGAGUAAAUGCAAUCUUUACUCCGACUUAUUUGCAAUAAUACGUGAGACGAGUUUGUACUGGAUGUGUAGUGAAUGUACCAUAGAUACUUUUUUUUUUUUAAACUGCGAGUGUGAAUCAUGCUCCCCCAGCGGGGUAGAGAGUUCCUGGUCCGUUUGUCUGGAUAUUGGAAGCCGCUUUUCAAUGGUAAGUUUCUCCUCGUCACCAACACGGUGAGCUGCGGUACAAUGCUGGCUGUGGGAGAUACGAUUCAGCAGGCACGGGAGAGGAGGAAGAAUCCAGGCACGAAGUGGGACUGGACCAGAACGGGGCGUAUGCUUGCUAUAGGAUGUUCCAUGGGCCCUUUCAUGCACUAUUGGUACAUGUGGCUGGACAGAGUGUAUGUGGGGAGGACUCUGAAGACAGCCACUAAGAAGGUGCUUAUCGAUCAGCUUGUUGCCUCUCCUACCCUGGGCGGAUGGUACUUUGUGGGAAUGGGAGUUUUGGAAGGACAUACUAUGAAGGAAGGCUGGGAGGAAUUUAUGAGCAAGUUUUGGGAAUUUUACAAGGCUGACUGGUGUGUAUGGCCUCCUGCGCAGAUGAUUAAUUUCUAUUUCCUACCUGCCAACCUCCGUGUGAUCUAUGUGAAUGUGAUCACACUGGGAUGGGACACCUACCUCUCCUACCUCAAACACAGAAAGGAUGGAAAACCAGAAGCUCUUCCUACUGACUCCAGCAGUUACGCUGGAGACCAGAAGUCAGAUACUUCUGUGCCGAAGCACUUAGAAGAGAUACAGUAGUGUUCUCAGAACCUGGUGGAACAGCUUUGAUGCCGAAUUGGCAGUCUAGUGUCAGAGCAGAUUCAGCCUUCCUUAACUGCGUGGAAGGGCACUUAUUCCUAAUAUGCCAUUUCCUUCCUGUUUAUUAUCCUAAUAGAUGUGCUCAGUAGGAUUCCAUACUGUUGUCUCUGCAUAGAUCAUUGUUUUCAAUACUUCACUAUUCCAACAAUCUCCAGACUACUCCUUUCUGGGGAAGCACACUACUGUUGCGCUGUGCACUGAAGCCUAUUGGUGAAGUAUUGUGCACUGAAUCCUGUGCUAAACGAUUAUGCUUCUCUUGAGAAAAGAGCACUGAAAAUAAUGAUCUAGACACACUAGACACAUACUGGGUAUAAUUGAAGUGAUUGGAAAGGUAUAUGAUCGAAGUUGUGCCUUUAACAUGUUUGUUUCUUUUUAAGUGCAUGGUUUUGAAAAGCAAUAGGAAACAUUGUCUUUGAGGAAUGCACAUUCUUUUGUUUCUGCUAUACAGAGAAUGCAUUCCAUGCAUCGAGCAAUUUCAAGUCACUGAAGCAGUGAGAUUGUUCAAGCAAGCAAUAACAGAAUGAUAUGGUGAUUAGGAACACAUUGUGGUAUUCCAGCUUGUCUGUGUUCGCUGAAGGGUAUCUCAUUAAAGUGCUUGUAGCUAAGUGAAUAAUUCCAUUUAUCUUACUUGCACUCAUUUCAAUCAAAGUACCUGCAUUGCUGCAGGAGGGAGCUUGAACUGGAUGCACUGCACUGUUUAGAAGAAACAAUCUCUUUCCAACUGUAUCCACCCAUUCCCACAGUAAUACAACUGUUUCAUUUCACCAACUCUGUCUCUGAACUACUUUUUAGCGUCUGUUUCUCCAUCAGUUCCAAAUAUUGUAAUGUGUUUCUCAUGCAAGAAUAAUCAAUCAACUCUGCUAAAAUGUAACAUUCUGCCAUGUUUUUUACUAAAAAGAAAAAUUAAUGAUUAUAGUUUUAAGGAAUGUAGGAACAUCAUAGGAAAGGUUUUAUGAUUGCUGAUGGAUCUUGCUCUCCCUAAAUUCUUUAUGGGGCUCUGGCUUCAAACUCAUGCUUUGUGUAACAGUAAAUGAUUAACAUUGGUGGCUCACUAUAUUUCAAGGUGUUGGUGCCAUUAUAUUUUGUAUGUACAUUUUCAAAUUAGGGCUCUUGAAAAUUAUUUAAUUAAAAAAAAUUAAAUUGG